AUGAGAAGACAAGUCAGUGGAGGGAGUCUGAUGCUCUGGUUGAUGUUCUGCUGGCAAACUCUGGGCGAGACAUGCCACUUGACUAAACAUCGCUAUGGACCAGUUGCUAUUGAUACUCCCAGUUAUGAUCCCUGUAAUGACUACACCUCUCUGGAUCAACCCUGGAGAGCCACUAAUGAGACCGGAGGGUCCAAAUGUGACGACUAUUUCAAUGGCACUGGCUGGUAUCGGCUGCUGUAUAAUGGGACGAGUGUCCGUAUGCCAGAGAGCUGUGUUAAUCGAUUCAGAUGUGGUACUGAUAUCACUCUGUGGCUGAAUGGAUCUCACCCUCAGAUAGAGGAUGGAAUAGUCACUCGUGGAGUCUGUGGGGAUUCAGGAAGUUACUGUUGUUACUACAGAUCUACGCCAAUUCAAGUCAAAGCAUGUCCAGGAAACUAUUAUGUCUAUAAGUUUGCCAAGGCAGUCUCAUGCAAGUCAGCUUACUGUGCAGAUGUGAGCACCAUCAUGCCAGCCUCUACCACAACUCUGGCCAUUAGCACUGAACUGACCACCACUCCAAACCCCGAUAUCACAGUAUCCGCAGAAUGCAAGGACAAGUUCACGCCAAAAUGUGGAGAGGAUCUGUUUAACCAGCUUGAGAAGAUCACUGCUCAAGUGCUCCCGCAAGAAGUUGUAGUGAAGUAUUUAGACAUGGUGCUGAAUACCCAGGAGCAACUUCUGAAGGUUGAAACACGUUCAGAAAAACUGGCAUCUUAUGGCAACACAGUGCUGAAUAGGACUGAGAAACUGGUGUCUACACUGGUGAAGCCAGCAGAGACCACUGACUCUGUUAACAUCUCUCUAAAGGGCUUAGAUAUUCAAGUCUUUGCAGUUGGACCAAAAGCCUCACUGAAAAAAAUCCCUCAGAUCAGCAUGAACGACACUCAGAUGGAUAUCGACCUUAUCCAGAUUUCAAAGAAUAACAACGGAUCAGCUGCUGUGGCCUUCCUGAGCUUCAGCAACAUGGCAAGCAUGUUGAAACCCAGUCUUUUCAACUCAACUGCUAACACAGUGAAAACCAUGAUGUCCAUAGUAGUAUCAGCCACACUGCCCAAAACCACCAACACACAGCUCACCAAAGCGGUCAACUUCACUCUGAAACAUAAUCAAGAAAUGGACCCUAAUGGUACAAUUUCCUGUGUGUACUGGAAUAAAAUGGAAUGGAUUGUUGAUGGCUGUUAUCUUCUCCAGACCAACAGCAGCCACUCUGUGUGCUCCUGUGUUCACCUGUCAACCUUCGCUCUCAUCAUGCAAACCAACCCACCCUCAGAUUAUAGUGACCCUCUCUUGGAGCUGCUCAACACGGUGGCUGUGGCAGUGGGACUGUUGUUCCUGAGCUUGUCCCUGUUGACAUUUGCCCUUUGUCGUCAACACCUGAGAGUUAACGCCGCUCCUCUGAUAAACCUGUGCAUCAGCCUGUUUCUGGCUCACCUCCUCUUCCUUCUCACACAGACGUUCCUGCAGUACAUACAGACUAAUCAGAUGCUGUGUGCAGCGAUGGCAGGUGUUCUGCACUUUCUCUUUCUCUCCGCUUUUGUGUGGAUGUUCUUUGAAGCUGUUCUUCUCUUGAUCUCUGUGAAGAACCUCACAAAGAUCAGAUCAAAGCAGAAGGAGGUGCUUAGCUGGAAAUAUCUGAUUGUGAUUGGAUAUGUUAUUCCACUGGUUGUGGUGGGCGUGUCUGUCGGACUGUUUCCUGAUGGAUACGGCAGUGAACGUUGUUGGAUUAAGACCGACAGGUACUUUGUGUGGAGUUUUCUGGGUCCCGUGUGUUUUAUUCUUACAUUCAACUUGAUCUUCUUCUUCUUCAUCAUCAUAACACUCAGAACAACCAUGACAGCUCUGAACAGUGACAUUUCCCAAAUCAAGCAAAUGAGAAUUCUUGUCUUUAAAACACUGGUCCAGAUUGUCAUCCUCGGUUGUCCCUGGAUUCUGGGUUUCUUCGUAAACGGCAGUAAGGUGCUGGAGAUUGUCUUCCUGUUCCUCAACUCCCAGCAGGGCACCUUCAUCUUCCUGGUCCACUGUGUCCUUGACCAAGAGGUCAGGCAACAGUACAGGAAGUGGCUGAACACAUUUUGUCAAGUCAUGUGAGAGAAAAU